AUGCAAAACAAAUGCCCAGCCUGCUUCCCAAACAACCUCACGCCAGACACACACACCUUGACCCAGCGCCGAGGUGUGGGGGGCAAGUUUGAGGCUCCCGGGCCCCCGAGCGUCCGUUCGCGCACGCAGGAACCAAACAAAAGCACUGAAAGAAAAACCCGGUUGUCCCCGCCCUGGCGGUCCUUGGAACGCCUUCAGCUAAAAAAAACCGUUCGGUUACGAACGCGGGGCGGGGUGGUGGAGUUGGUCGACAUCUUGCUCUUGCUUCAGGUGAGAUUUGGCCGCUUCGGCAAGGUUUUUUUUCUUUCAGCCAAGGGCGGCUAUGGUGAGAGAUGCGACGACGUCAGGGGUGGCGAUCUGCAUCAAGUUGGGACGUGCGCUUAA